GGUUGAAGUGCGAUGGUGAUGCCAGUGGUAACCGUAGCCAAUGUGAAUUGUGAUGAAGUCAAUACAGCAUCAGUCGGUAAUCAGCUUCUACUGUUUCUGGCUGUGCCGUUGCGGGAAAUCUGGACAGUCAGAGUCAGUUUAUCAGCAACUAUCAAGCUAGUGACACGGAUCUUACAGCUCUUAGAUAGACCUCGAUGAGUACGAGUUCAAUUCGGCGUCGGAUAAAUUCUAGUGCUGUUGUGUUAGUGGGAAAAUGGAAACCAAUUGAUAGAAUUUAGUGCCCCUGCAACCAAUUGUUAAUGCAAUCCUUAACACGAUUGUUUAUGAAAUUGUCAUUGGAAAUACAACUAUAGAGUUAGUUGCUCGUUUUGAAUUGCUCUUCAAUAGAAUUGUGUUAGUGCUGUGAAUAGUGAUUACCUAAUGUUUCAAACUAUAAAUAAUCAAGAAUAGUUGAUAAGUACUUAGCCACGUUGGAUUUCAAUUUUGUGUGGCAGCCACGAAGAAUGGGAACAGGUGACAGAUUACUCGACAUUCCAUGCAAGGUAUGCGGAGAUAGAAGCUCAGGAAAACAUUACGGCAUCUACAGCUGUGACGGUUGUUCUGGAUUCUUCAAACGCAGCAUACACCGGAACCGGGUGUACACAUGCAAAGCAGCAGGCGAACUAAAAGGGCGCUGUCCGGUCGACAAAACCCAUCGUAAUCAGUGUCGCGCAUGCAGGCUAUCCAAGUGCUUCCAAUCAGCGAUGAACAAAGACGCUGUGCAGCAUGAACGUGGACCGCGAAAACCUAAACUGCAGCACCUUCAACAAAAUGGAGCCCACCCACAUCACCUCGGUGGACCAUUUGUGAACACAUCUUCCUACAGCCACAUGCCACACUUUUCCAACAUGCACCACGGAGGCAUGCAGCAAAAUUCCAUGCUUCAUCACCCCCAGCCUCUUUCUUUUGCGCCUCUAGGACAUCACAUUCCGCCAACACUCCUAUCGCACGUAAAACUAGAACAAACCAAAUUUGAAUUUUCAUCUGCCAACAAUUCCCAAAUCCCACCCAACCUGCUGCAUCCCAUCAAGAUGGAGCAGACACGGCUGGCUUCAUUCGACUUUUCACCGUCCGGUCAACGAUUCUACAAACCUCUGGAACAAUUGCCCCCCUCACCAACAAACUCCAAAAGUUCCAUCAGUGUCGAUUCUCCAUCUGAAAGCAUGACCAGCCCCCAACCAUCCACGGUGGACUGCGGUUCCAGCGUUCUUAGCCCAACUCCAAUCAAUGCCAGUAAUCUUAGUCUUCCCUCACCACUUUCCCAGAACGGUGUGUUAGACAUUCUUAUGGGAUCUGAUAAAUGCCAAGAGUUCUUGCAAUAUCAAAUUCACAACAAUAAUUUAAUGUUCCCGAUAAACCCCUCGGAAGGCAGUGGGCCAGUGCCCCCACAACCUCCUCCUCCGCUAAUUCCUCAUCCGACGGCGUUACCACCUGGCAGCCCCGGCUUGCGAUUGCCGACGUGGGAAAUUUUGCAGGAAACCACUGCACGAUUACUCUUCAUGUCAGUCCGAUGGGUACGCUGCUUGAUUCCCUUCCAAACGUUGUCGAAAAAUGAUCAACAUCUGCUACUACAGGAGUCCUGGAAGGAAUUGUUUCUGCUCAAUUUUGCCCAGUGGAGCGUUCCCUGGGAUCUCAGCGCACUGCUGGAGAGUCCCCAGGUACGGGAUCGUCUGCCUCAAGAUCCAGCCACGCAGAUGGAGAUGAAAACAAUGCAGGAAAUUUUGUGCCGCUUUCGACAAAUUUCUCCGGAUCUAAGCGAGCUUGGUUGUAUGAAAGCGGUCAUACUGUUUUCCCCAGAAACAUCCGAGCUUUGUGAUGUCCAACCGGUGGAAAUGUUACAGGACCAAGCUCAAUGCGUCCUCUCGGACCACGUACGAGUUCGCUAUCCGCGGCAACCAACGCGCUUCGGGCGUCUACUGCUACUACUGCCCUUGCUGAGAACGAUCCGUUCCACGACCAUCGAGACUCUGUUCUUCAAGGAAACGAUAGGUGCCGUGCCCAUUUCCCGUCUUCUGAUCGAUAUGUAUCAGAUGGAGAAAUACACCGAUCUGGAAUCCAGCUCAGCUGGUGCCAACAACGUUGCUUCUCUGGCGAAGCCUUAGUCAUUCCUCCCCGGGACACGAUUCAUGCCAAACCACCUAUACACAUUUUUAAUUUGAAAAAAACACCCAGGAAAUAUGUUAUCUUCUCAUUCUUCUCAGUUAUCGACCUCCCCUGCCAAACGAUCACCGCGACAUGUGUUGCAAAGGUGAAAGCAGGAAAAGUUCAACAUGUUCAAGAGCAGCAACAGGAGAAAAAAUGUUUCCCCGAAGCGCCCUAGGAUGUUUGAGUUUUAUUACGUUGAACAGUGGAUGUUCUCACUCAAUGACGUGUCUCGUUCUCCUACCGGUUACGUUGUGGGCGAAGAACAGCACCGCUUUCGCCACAUAACAAACGACAGUCUCAAAAUCAAAUCCUGUAGAUACGCGGAAUCAUCUGCCAGUGGCUCACCUCGAGAAAAAAAUCCUAUGGUCAGACUUACUGCUGUUCACAGGAUAUUUUUUUCUUUCCUCUUGUUAUCCAAGAUAUUUGUUAGCACAGCUUGCGAGAACAGCAUUAUGCCUUCAUUGGUAUUAUUUUUUAAUUUCUAAUGCAAAUAUAAUCUUCGGUUGCUUCAUCGAGAAUGGUGUAGUAAAAAUGUACAUAACUAUAUAGGAGAAAAUUAUUUGUGCAGCAAUCAAUUUUACAGAAGCGAAAGUUGAAAUCCGACACUGUUCUUUUAUUUUCAUAGUUAUGGUAUACAAUAUUCCAACAAGUACUAUUUCGUCGCUUAGUUUGCAGCGAAAUCCUUCCAGUGAUGUUAGUCUAGUCAAACAAUCCUUUGGAUGCAAACAAUAAAUCGUAGUAAUAUUAUAAUAUUCGUAUAUCGACGAGUGAACAUAUGGCAUUUUGUUGACGAUGUAGUGAAUUUGUAGUAUACAUGCCAAUAUCCCAACUUAUAAUAAUGUAUCAAACAACAUUGUAAUCAAAAUAGUAUCACGCUGUAAAAUUAAGCUACCAAAUGAAUCGGAAUA